UUCCGUGUGAUGUUUUUUGUGUAGAAAUUCGUGUUUCGAUAAUGCCCACUGAUCAGAUGCCCAAUUUGUGCGGCCAGCAGCUGAGCGGCUGGACACGCCAUCAGGUGUGCCGCACCGACACUGUGGCCCACCUGGCCCUCAAGUACGGCACGACAACGGGUCGAAUCUGUCGGGCCAAUCGCAUGUACUGGCCGGACAUCCUGCAGACGCGCUGCUACAUCUGGGUGCCGUCAAUGGACAAACAGUACGACCCGGCGAGGGACAUCAGGGUCCAGGCGCUCAGUGAGUCCGGCAGACGGGCCACGGGCUUAGUUACCCGGCCCAACUACAACAGACUCUCCAAGAUACCGCCCCACUACUAUCGCCAGAGUGCGCCCAAUACGGAUGACUUUGCCAGCGACUGCGAUCCACUGCUGAUCACCAUGCGCUGCAUGUGAGGCGUGCACAAUCGGGCGACUGCAUCUUGGGAGGCGACACAAUUUAAUUAGCGACCACAACUGCAGCUGCUCCCUGCUGCACAGCAUCCUGUCUGGGUUGCCUCUGCCUCUGCCGCUGCCGCCGCUCCCGUCACUGCUGCUGCUGCUGCUGCUGCCAGUCAACGAGCUAGCAAGAGCACACGGCACACGGCGCCUUAUCAGCCAAGCGAAAUUGUGGGCGGAAUUUCAAUUAUCGUUACAUUAUGCUCUCAGCUCGGCGUCUCGACGAAUACGAUGUGAGCCCUGAAUGCAAAG